UCUAUUAACCGGACACACAGUUUCCUCCACACAUUUUGAAUUUUGAAUUUUGUGUGCUUGUCUCUCUCUUCCUAUCUUCUCGUCUCUCUUUCCCUCCCCCAACCCUAGCAAAACCAAUAUUUUCCCCUUCAUCAUUGGCCAUCUCUCUCGCUUUCCGCCGUCGCCCCAUUUCUCUCUCUAAACCCUAAAUCCUUCGUCGCCCCCUUUCCCCCUCAUCUCAGUUUCUCAUUCCUUUGCGCUACUCAAGAUUUAUGCGUUUAACAGUAAUUGGUUGCCUCAGAUGGAGAAGAUGACGAUGAAUUUGAAGGAAAAAACAAACUCAGAGGUUGGAUUCUGCAGGACAUGUACAUAUUGAAAAACACAGAUUUCUUGAUGUCUCUCUUCUGAAUCUUGAUUCUCCAACAAAUUCCUCAUAUUCGGGGAAGCUUGCAUCUCAAAGAUUUUUCCUUGUCCUUGGAGAAAUUGAAAGAAGAAUAGAGUUAGAAACAAAGGCUGAAAAGCAUAUUCAGAAACUUCUACUGCUAGGAGCUGGAGAGUUGGGGAAGUCCACAAUAUUUAAGCAGACAAGAAAAUGCAUUUUCUCCAUAUUUCAGCAAUAGCAUUGUACAUUUAAAUAUAUAUACGUGAUUAUUGAUAUUUAUUUGUCUAUAAUAUGCAGAUAAAACUUUUAUUUCAAACUGGCUUUGAUGAGGUAGAACUAAAAAGCUAUCUACCAGUUGUUCAUGUUAAUGUAUAUCAGACAAUAAAAUUACCUCAUGAUGGAUCGAAGGAGUUUGCUCAGAAUGAUGUUGAUUUUUUGAAGUAUGUUAUAUCCAGUGAAAAUAAGGACAUUGGUGAAAAGCUAUCAGAAAUUGGUGGCAGGCUGAAUUACCCACGUCUCACCAAGGAACUUGCACACGAAAUAGAGAGUCCGUGGAAGGAUGCUGCAAUUCAGAUAACAUUUGAGCUGAUAGUAAAAGCUGUGAGGAUUGAAUUGUAUUUCUUCUAUAUUAUAAAAAAAGCCAUGUUCCUUCAAAUUUCCAGCAAGAUGUGUACUUCAUUUGUAUUAUCAAAUCAAUAAGAAAUCUCAUCCAAUAAAGCCUAGAUACUCAUGUCAGCCAUAAAUAUGGAAGCACUGAAACUAAGAAAGAUAAUAUGAUGAAAAAAGUCUGUAAAACAUAUGCUUAAAUUGGCCUUUAAUGUCCUCUAUUAUAUUGAGAUACAUGUGAGUUUUUACUUGCAAUUGUAAAAUAUUUCUCUUUAUUCUUGCUGUUUUUAGCUACUUAACCCAUUGGAAGCUAUUCUUAUUGAAUUUGAAGCUUCACUUUUUGUGGUUGCUUACAUUGCAAUUUCAUUGGGCUUGACUUACGUGGGUUCUUGCAAUAAAGAAGUUGCUGAAACGCUCAUAUCUAAAAGUAUCUCUACCAAUUUGAAAUAAAGUUUCUUCUGUAGGAGUUAAUAACUUUCUGUUAAAGUUAGUCACUCAUAUCUAUAUUGAUUUUUUUUUAAAAAUUGUAAGAUAUUAAAUGAAUAAAUUAAGGAUUACUUUCAUAUUUAUAUUAAUUAAUAACAUUAUAACAAUAUGGAGAUUUUUACAUUUUCAAAACAAUCUUCUAAGCCUUUCCACUAAGGUGUAUAGAAAUUUU